UUGCAUCGAUCGGUCGUUUCCGAGAGCAGGGAAGAAUGUUGUUUUUCUCAAAACGACAGUACGUUGCACCCUGUCACAGGGGGCCGGGGAUCUCUCCUUCCUUCGGGCUCUGCCCUCCCUCAUUUCCCCGCAACCGCGCGCUUCAAAUUGCGAAGCUAGGGUGCGCCUGGUCAGCGCGGAGGGUGCGCACCCAUGGACCGUUCGCCAUCGGAACAAUGGUGGUAGAGAGCAGGCUAACGCCCACCAAGCAUCCAGUCUGAUCGCGAGCUCAUCCGGAGCACCCUCGCCCUUGACUGGGUGGACCAUCGCGCGCUGCUCGAAACCAACCCCCGGCCACCCUCCUGGAGUCAUACACCGGAGCACUUGACUUUUGGUGUGCUUUUGGUCAUACGAAUUCCUGGAUUAAUUACAACGCCUUCAGCUUCCAACCCCAGCCACCGUUCCUGAGGGAGGCAGUCCCGUUGUAUACGAAUGUCGGUUCGGGUUUGCCCGGAUCCAAGAGGUGCCGUCACAAAGGGUUGUCGAAAUUCGGCGCGUAGGAGUAAAAUCCGCUCGUCCUCGAGUUAGCAUGUGUCGAUGAAUUCCGCUCUCAGAGAUCUCGAUGGAAGAGGUGUAGUAGAGUCGAAUAACGGGAUCAACACGGGGUUGGUAUGAAAGAGGAAGCGAGAUAUUAUACCGGUAAAAUGCACGAUUCUUACGUUUGGCUGGUGGUGAUCCCAAUUUCCUGGCUCUGUCUCGUUAACGACGUACAGUCGAAACCCGAGCCGUACUGCGGGGGAAGAUUAACCGCUACCAGGGGGGUGAUACUGACCCCGAACUUUCCCGGGCCCUUCGAGGUCCCGAUCAAGUGCAGGUGGGUGAUCGACGCGUCUGAUUUGCCGGUGGAAAACAGCUCGAUAUCGGUCUACCUCACGCAACUCUACGUCUACAAAGGGUUGACCUUCACGGAAUACGCUUACUACGAGUCGGAGUCCCUCAGUUUGGGCGCUACCGAAAUUCAGGAGGUCACCGAGGGCAACGUCUUCGAGUUCCGAUGGUUCAAGACGUUCCGACCGAUCCUUGUCAUCGAUUUUCACCUCGACAGACUCGAGGGUAACCACGUGCGGGUACUAAACGACCUCCUCAACGUCUACGGAUUCAAUCUCACUUACGAGAUGUCCGGGGGCCCGGCUAAUCCCAAAUCGUGUUCAGUGCGUGACUGCUCGUACUCGGGAAACUGUUUAUUGGCCUCCAAUUACUCGACAUUCUGGUGCGAAUGUUUCGAUGGAUUCAACGGACGCGAUUGUUCUAAUGGUCCUCUAUGCGUCGACGAUCAACACCAUCCUGUCUGCCAAAACGGAGGAACUUGCAGGCACAUCGGAGCAGAAGCUGUACGCUGCCAAUGUGUCGAAGGUUUUACCGGAAAUUACUGCGAAAUUCCACCGGUGCAAAUUUCCGAAAAUGAGUGCGUCGAGGAGGGUUGCGUUCUCCAGUGUCCAUUGGAGGAUGUGCGUCAGAAAGGAUGCGAUUGCAGAAACGGGACGAAAAUAAUGACCGAUCGUUCGAGAUUCGAGUGCAGAAUAAAAUUGACGAACGCGACAUCCGUCAGGAUGGUCAUCCCCCCGAAUCAGGGAAGCUUGGAAGCGCUGCUCGUCAGACAGAUCGGGAAAUACUUGAGAAAUGCUAACAUAUCCUCCGUAGAGGAACUCCGAACCUUAAGCGUCACGCCGACCUCGGAAGUCGUAUUUCACUUCUUUGGCAACACAGACGACGGGGACAAGAUAAGAGAAUCUUUGAAUCGUUUGGUGCAGCGGCGCCGUCUCGGUGAAAUUUCUCUCGAAUCGACGCACUUUACUUUUGAGCAAAAACCCGCUCUAAAACUGCAGAGCCUGCGGGUAAAUCAGCCGAACGAACGCGAGGUACGAUUGGGUGAUCAAUUCAUCGUAUCGUGCGUUGCCCAGGGCAGUUAUAAUCUCACUUUUACCUGGUACAAAGAUGGAAUGCUGGUUAACACCAGUAAGGCUACCAGGGAGAUCUGGCUGAAGCACCUCCCGAACGACGGAUCGGAACAGCACACCUCACUGCUCGGGAUCGACAGGUCGACGAUCCUCGACGCGGGACGUUACACCUGCCAAAUAAUCGACUGGGGAAUGCAACAAUGCAAAAGCAUCACCAUCGACAUUCGGGAGGAACCGAACGUCAGAAUUUUUCCGAUGAGCGCGACCAUCGAAAAGGGUAAUAACAUCCAGCUAAAGUGCCUGACCCCGAACAUGCGGAGCAUCGGCAUUGGAUUUGGGUGGAGCAAAAAUCGUGCAUUAUUGAAACUCGAGCCCGGAAGCGAGGUGUGGGAGGAUCUGUUCCCGGCCGGGAGUAUACUGAAAAUCACAAAUGCCCAAAAAUCUUCGAUAUACACGUGCAGCGUGGCGCAGAAGUCGAUGGCGGUUCGCGUGGAGGUCGUCAAUCGCACCCUAGUCCCGAUAUGUUCGACGGAGAGAGCUUGGGGCGUGCGAUGGCCCGACACGGGGCCCGGGCUCGAGGCCCUUUUGGACUGCCCGAUGAAUUUCCUCGGUAAUCGCGUCUCGAGACUCUGUUCGAUGAAAGACGCGACCACCCCCGAGUGGCAGCUGCCCGAUUUUUCGGCCUGCCUCUACGAGCCAUUUCUCGCACCGUACAACAACUUUCAAAGUUUAACACUAGGAUAUCAGAAUACGACAGGCGCCGAGACCCUCGAAGCGUACUGGGAUAUUUUAAGAUCGAGGAAAACGCCCCUGUACCCUGGCGAGGGCGAUCGCAUCGUGACUCUCCUUUCGGAAAUUGAGCAGUAUCUCAACGCUACGAAGGAACUGAAAAAUUUCCAUCAUUCGGUCGGGGCGUUCAUGCGCAUCGUUAAUUUCGUCGUCGAAAAUGAGCAUUCUAUUUUAAACGAGCAGCAAUUGUCGUUGAUGCAACAAAUGGCCCGACGUAAUUUGGUGCAUUGGUGCGAAAUAGCGAAUCCCGCUAGAAUGCACCUGGGGUUGUCGGGGAUGAUAGCUGAUGUGACUCCUCUGCGAGUAGACGACAAUGACGCCAUGACUCGCACGAGCGAGAUACCCGGCUCUGAUAAAAUAUACCCCAGUUGGUACGGCGAAAAAAUUGUCGUACGCGUGCGAGAACACGACUUAGGGAUCGGCGGGUCGAACGGCGCGCUCGGUGUAGUCAGCAUUACGUACAGAAAUUUGACGGGACUUUUGCCCAGGGUGUACGUCGCAGAGCUCCGCGAUGGCACAGAUCUUGAGUAUCGCAUUAAUUCGCGGAUCGUAACGGUAGACGUAGUAUUGCCGGAAAACCAAACAAAGCUUUUACAAAGCAAAAUAUCGGUCGACCUACAGUUACGUCACACCCGAAAUCAAUCGGGCCUGUGGAAUAUAUCCUGCGGAGCAGCAGAUUUCACAGGUUCGUGGAACUUGAAUACCUGCGUGAGUAAUUCUCUACCAGGGGGUAGCGCGACUCGCUGCGUUUGUCCGCACGCGGGGACCUUCGCUGUGUUUCUCACGGCACGUGCCGUCCGAGUAGCCUUGGCCAAGAAGGAGCAGACCACUUUAGUGGUGGUGGUUGGCUGCGGGAUUUGUUUACUACAAUGCCUGGUCACGUCCCUGAUCCUUGGCUCGUGUUGGUGGAACAAUCGAUCUUGGUUGAAUUUCCUCAAAUUACAAUGUUCCACCGCCCUUGUGGGAGCGAUGGCUAUUUUUAUUUACGCCGCGCACCACCCCUUGCCAGAGAGUUCCUAUUCCGUAGUCGCCAUAUCCUUGGAGGCUUUUCUCCUGGUGGGGACGUCGGCGCCUAUAUCUCAGGCGAUGAUCGUCUACGCCGAAUUGACUCAAGUUCGACCGAGCCAGCAUCUUCAGCCCACCGUGAUCGCGGUGAUUACAGGGGUUCCGGUUUUGGCUAUGCUCGCGACGGAAUUGGCCCACAAAAGCACCGGUUGGCACCACGAAUCGUGGUGGCUCAUGGCUGGAAGCGGAGUGCUUAAUAUAUUCGUAGCUUGCGCUACGAUGAUGCUCCUUAUAUUCGUUUUACUUCACAUCGGCGUCGUCCACAAAGCGCACGCACUCGUUACCGGAAAUAUUCUGAAGAAGGAGUCGAUAAAAAUUAGAAUUAGGUUGCUGCGUCGUGCGGCCGUCGUUUUAUGCGGCAUAAUUUCGGUGGAAGCCUGCUCGAUAUUUUACGUGAAUUCAUUAUCAGCCAUCAUGCAUUACAUAUUCGCAACAGUGAGCGCUCUUCUGGGAUUCAUAGUCAUCGUUGCCUACGUGAUAAACGGCGAGAUUCAACUCAUAGAGCCGAUGCUUGAAAAAUUCAAAUGGAAAACGAAGACCAACGACGAAAAUCUCUCGGAACCGGUCAAAGUUUGCUCGAGGAGUAACGAGAACUCGGAGAACGACGUCGGGCAAUCUCUGCCGCUGAACGACCACCUGGAGGUCCGGGGCGUCGCAGCCGGGAGCAUCGACACGCGAGAAUAUGCCGCUGAACCGGCUCACGCCUACAAAAAUUUUUCCCUACCGCCCGCAGCCAGAUUUCUACCGGACAAUAGAAUCGACGGGGCGGAGAACGUUAAUUUGGAAAACUACAGCACGAGUCCGAGAAAAUAUCAGGAAACGAGGCUCGAGCCUCCCGACACGGGCGGGACCGUGGGCCUGAGUGCGGUUGCGGGUGCCAGUGCGAUUCCGAAUACCAGUAGCGGGUCUUCCCUUCCAUUCGAAUCAUACGGGACGGCGGAUCAUCGAACGUUCCGAGAUUUUAAUCAGUAUCACGGCGUACUCUACAGAAUACCUGCUCAAGUAGCGAUUUCAAAUUGCUCGGCGAAAGUCUUGUGCAACGCGGACGUCGAGUCGCGAAUGAACAUCGGCACGAUGCCCGAUGUCACCCUGGCGAUAAGUAGCGAGAUCGAGCUACUUCCCGUCCAAACGAAGGCCAGGGAGCACGUUAAAACUAUACCCGACAUCGCCAGUACAGCCGAACGCAAGCAGCCGGACGGCGAAGAAAAAGCUCCGAAGAUAGUCGUUACCGAUUGCGAGAGCAAUGCGACCGGGAUGCUGGAUCGCAUCUCCCACGAUCUAGAUUAUCUUUUGAACCGUAGACAUAGCAAGGACGAGGCGUAGCACGUGAGGCAUCUCGAUGCAAGCAUAGAGCCAUCAUCACUCGAUUCCGAGCCUAAUUUUAUGGUUUAGAAUUAAAUACCAUCGUUCAUUUCAUUGUAUUCCGUUACGGUGGAAACCCUUUAUUUUCAUAGAUGUUGAUCCGUCCUUCUCGAUUUUUUUCCGAUCAAUUGUCGAUUAUAAUGUCCAGGUAUCCAUGUGUGGUGUGAAAAUUAUUACGUGAAUAUAUGCGUUCGUCAAUUGUGCGAUACGAUCAGCAGGAUAACUCUCGAACUUCGUACGCGCAAUGUCGUCAACUAUUAGGGGAAGGCAGGGAUGUUUGCCCCACCGUAUAAAUUGAACCGUUCCUUAGAAAACUAUAGAACAAGCAAUAUGUAUCUACCUAUUUUCUAUGAAGUGGUUUGAUUCAGCCGGUGAUUCAAUCAUUUCUACUUUACCUCGAUACAAAUAAGUGUAAAUAAUUUUAGACGGUGCGGAGGCACUUUCACUGUGCGCGAUAUUUGUAUAUUCAAAAUAAAAAUAUUUACAAAAAAGAGCGUGCCAAUUAAUCAACGAAGAUCCUUCGCUACA